GAAAAUGAUGCAGCGUUGUUUUCUCAGCCGGCGCCUUCAUUUUGGCGUUUGCAGCAGCUUUGUCAACGCUUCAGUCUUCUCGAUUCCUUUCCUCAGAGGACUCCCGUAUCGUUCUGGUCAGUAUUAGUUUCAUUAGCUCUCAACGUAUUCGUAUUCUUCGUCAUAAUCUGCGGCGGUAGUGUUGAUGGCUACAAUGGAGACGAGAAUGCCACCAGUGGCGAAGAAGGUGGAGCAUAUGAUGGAGAUGUUCGGCGACGCCAGGGUAGAUAAUUACUACUGGCUGCGCGAUGACUCCCGCACAGAUUCUGAAGUCCUUUCUUAUCUUCGGGAAGAGAAUGCCUAUACUGACUUCUUUAUGGCUGGGACCAAGCAAUUUGAGGAUAAGCUUUUUGCCGAGAUAAAAGGGCGAGUCAAGGAGGAUGAUAUAUCUGCACCUCUACGCAAGGGGCCUUACUAUUAUUACAAAAGGACUUUGGAAGGGAAGGAAUAUGUUCAGCACUGCCGGCGCCAUAUACUUAAUUUUGAUAGUCCUCCUUCUAUUUAUGAUACCAUGUUGAGUGAACCUGAUUCACCUGAGGAGUAUGUAAUCUUGGAUGAGAAUAUGAAGGCCCUGGAGCAUGAAUUUUACAGUAUAAGGGUAUUCAAAGUCAGUCCUAAUCAUAAGCUGGUUGCAUAUGCGGAGGAUACAAAAGGAGAUGAAAUAUAUACAGUUUAUGUCAUGGAUGCUGAGACUCAAGAACCAGUGGGGGAGCCUCUAAAAGGUAUAACCUCUGAUGUUGAAUGGGCUGGUAAUGAAGCUUUAGUUUACAUCACAAUGGAUAAUAUUCUUCGGCCAGACAAGGUGUGGUUUCAUAAGUUGGGAACUGACCAAGCAAGUGAUUGCUGCCUUUACCAUGAGAAGGAUGACAUGUUUUCUCUUGAUCUUGAAGCUUCUGAAAGUGAGAAAUUUUUGUUUGUUGGAUCUGGAAGCAAAAUUACAAGGUUUGUCUUCUAUCUUGAUGUUUCCAAGCCUGAUGAGGGACUUAGGGUUUUGACACCUCGCAUAGACGGCAUUGAUACAGCUGUUAGCCACCGUGGAAAUCACUUUUUUAUUGAGAGAAGAAGCGAUGAAUUCUUCAAUUCAGAACUGCUAGCUUGUCCAAUAGAUAAUAUCUCUGCCACAACAAUUCUCAUUCCUCACAGGAAAAGUGUAAAGAUUCAGUAUGUGCAACUUUUUCGCGAUCAUCUUGUUUUAUUUGAGCGUGAAGAUGGUCUGCCAAGAGUAACAACUUAUCACCUUCCGGCUGUUGGAGAACCCCUUGAAAGCCUUCAAGGUGGUCGGUCUGUUGACUUUAUUGAUCCCGUAUACUCGGUCAAACCAUCAGAAUCACAAUUUGAUUCUUGCAUUUUACGGUUUUCCUAUAGCUCAAUGAGGACACCCCCAUCUGUUUAUGACUAUGAUAUGAACACAGGAAUUUCUGUUCUGAAGAAGAUUGAAACAAUUUUGGGAGGUUUUGAUGCAUCCAAUUACAUUACUGAAAGGAAAUGGGCUACCGCUUCGGAUGGAACUCAAAUUCCUAUGUCAAUUGUUUAUCAAAAGAAUCUUGUGAAACUUGAUGGGUCUGAUCCGUUGGUGCUUUACGGCUAUGGUUCUUAUGAGAUAUGCAUAGAUCCUAGUUUCAAUGGGUCAAGGUUGUCUCUGUUAGAUCGUGGUUUCAUCUUUGUUAUAGCUCAUAUUCGGGGGGGUGGUGAAAUGGGGAGGCAGUGGUACGAAAAUGGGAAGCUGUUAAAGAAAAAAAACACUUUUGAAGAUUUUAUUGCCUGUGCUGAGUACUUGAUAGAGAACAAUUACUGUGUAAAGGAAAAAUUGUGCAUUCAUGGAAGAAGUGCUGGAGGAUUGCUUAUUGGUGUUGUUCUUAAUAUGAGGCCUGAUUUAUUCAAGGCUGCUAUCGCGGGAGUUCCUUUCGUAGAUGCUCUAACAACAAUGCUUGAUCCAACUAUUCCUCUUACAACUUCUGAGUGGGAGGAAUGGGGUGAUCCACGGAAGGAAGAAUUCUACUACUACAUGAAGUCAUAUUCUCCUGUUGAUAAUGUUGCAGCUCAGAACUAUCCUAACAUUCUUGUUACUGCUGGUUUAAAUGAUCCACGAGUGAUGUAUUCUGAACCGGCUAAGUGGGUGGCGAAAUUAAGGGAUAUGAAAACUGAUGAUAAUGUACUCUUGUUCAAAUGUGAACUCGGAGCGGGCCAUUUUUCAAAGUCAGGGAGAUUUGAGAAGCUCAAAGAGGACGCCUUUACAUAUGCUUUUAUUAUGAAAGCUCUAGAUAUUAUUCCGGCUUCUGAGACAGAGCUGAUUAAGACAAACAUUAGCUCAAUAUGACGGAUGCUACAAUUGUAUAGAUUCUGAGCCUGUGCAUGCUGUGGAAAAUCUGCAAUAAUAUAGGUAACUUUUCUUUUUGGAUUGUUUUGAAAUUGGAGGGAAUUAGUUUCAGGUCACCACCAUCGUUACUUGUUUAUUUAUUUAUUUGAGGAACCAAUGUUGUCAUCUCUUGAUUAUUUUUUGAAAUGAACCAUUACUCAGAAUUGUGCAAUGGCAAUUUGUCAUUCUUUUAUUUAUGUAGAUUUGAGUAUUUGAGGAGAUUCA